AAAAAAUAAAACAGUUUCAUUUAUAAUAAAUACCAAAUUAUUUAAGAAAAGUUUCAAUUAUAGGAAUAGUGAAUUAGUGAAAUUAUAAAAUGAUUUGUCGGUGGUUAUUUGGACUGCAGAUCUGUUUGCUAAUCUUCUUCAGGCAUCUAUGUAAAGGUGCAGAAUGGUCUUACUCUGAUCCGAAUAGUGGACCAGAUAGAUGGUCUCAACUUCCUAAAUCAAUGUGUUCAGGCACUUAUCAAUCACCUAUUCCAUUGUCAAGAGCAUCAUCUGUAUUCAGUCCUGAAUUGAAGCCGAUACAAAUUUAUCGAUCGGGAUUCACAAAAACACAGAAUCAAAUUGUCAACUCUGGUCACUCAAUUGUCAUCCAAUUUCCAAACGAUACGUGGUUUGUAUCAUUCGAUGGUAUGUUUGACAAGAAGUACGAAGCUGCACAAAUGCAUUUUCAUUGGGGUAAAGAUGAUGAACGUGGCAGUGAACAUACGAUUGAUGGGAAAACAUUUCCUUUAGAGGGUCACAUUGUACUAUUCAGAAGACACAUAUAUCCUACUUUCAAAGAAGCAGAAAGUGCAGUCGGUGGAUUGGCUGUACUCGGGAUAAUGCAUUCAAUUGUAGACACUCAAAACUUUAAUGAGACAAUUUUUAGCGUAUAUCAAAACUUCGGUGGUACAUUAAAUCCAAGCUUUACACUACACCAAUCAUAUCCAAUUGAUGAAUUCGAUUUAGCAAAAACAUUAAACUACUUAAAUCCAAAUAGUUAUUAUCGAUAUUCUGGUUCAUUGACAACACCACCAUGUACAGAAAAUGUCUUGUGGACAGUGUUCACUGAUCCAGUACCAGUAACGCGUGCACAAUUGAAUCAACUUCGCGGUAUACCAAGUCCAUCGACUGAGAAAACCAAUAAUUUGUACGAUAAUUUUCGUCCAUUACAACCAUUAAAUCCAGAAGGUCAACUUAUACCACGAGUUGUUUAUCGUGCAGCCGCAUCAAGUCUUCCUAUACUUUCGUUAACAUCAAUUCUAUUCAUCAUAGCAGUUACUCAAUUCAGCUUAAGAUUUUAAAGCCAAAUUCAGUUAUUUUAAUGAUUACUGUAUUUGUAAAACAAAACACUGAGCCCUUCCCUUUUUGUUUUUAGUAAUAAAAUGCGUUUAUUUAUCUUUAUAACAAUGAACAUUUUAGGUAGAUGGUAUACUACUUAAAUAAUUUACUUAUCUAACAAUUACUGCUUAUUAGCGAUUGUAAAUAUCACCACCAUAUUUGAUUGUAUGUUACAUCGAAAUCUUCGUUUCUUUGAAUAAUAACUGGUUCUUCUUCUUCCUAUUAUUUUUAUUCUGUUCUUAUUGACUGUAUUGAAACUCACGGGUGAUAAAUGCAUUCCAAGCCUGACUGAUGCUUUACACCUUAUGUGAUGUUCAGGCUAUUUUAACCACAGUUUUACUGAAGGCGAUUUGAUGUAAGAACUAAUACACAGUUUCAAUUUAUUCAAAUAUAUAUACAUAUAUAUUA